UCGGGCUCCUACUUUAGAUCUCCUAACUUCUGGUUAUGCGGCCACAGCUGGUUUCUAGAGCUGUACCCUAAUGGUGAUCAAGAUGAAGAAGGUUUUGUGUCCUUGUACCUUUGCCUUAAUGAAGCGACAGGCUCGACAGCUAUGUCUUUUGUAAGGGGACCUGUGAUACCUAGUGUCAAGACCAUUGUGUGCUGCAGCACUGACUUGGAUUCAUUUUUUACAAGGUUUUCAGUGAUAAGCCACAAUACCGAUACUGAAGAUGCCACCUGGGCUGGAAAAAUUACAUUUAGUAAGGAAAAGACUACAGUAGGACGACCACAGUUAAUGAAAGCAACAAGUGCACUAUCCACUGACUUCUGCACCAGUACAGAUGGGAUUUUAAUUGUAAAAUGUACAAUUCAACUUGCAUAGACAAGACGAUGUGUCCCAUGUUAUUAAACAGAGGAUGUACUUUCUGUAGUCUACUGUAACAGUAUCAAUGGUAGUCUAACCAUCCAAUGUACAAUACAGAUAGAUAAACCACAAUAGGUUCCAUGUUAUAAAGAUGAUGUUCUUUCUACAGCCUACUGUAACAGUAUCAAUGGUAGUCUAACCAUCCAAUGUACAAUACAGCCAGAUAAAUCACAAUAGGUUCCAUGUUACACAGAUGGUGUACUUUCUACAGCCUACUGUAACAGUAUCAAUGGUAGUCUAACCAUCCAAUUAACAAUACAGCCAGAUAAAUCACAAUAGGUUCCAUGUUACACAGAUGGUGUACUUUCUACAGCCUACUGUAACAGUACCAAUGAUAGUCUAGCCAUCCAAUGUACAAUACAGCUACAUAAACCACAAUAGGUUCCAUGUGAUACAAAUGAUGCAAUGUCUACAGCAGGCCUCCCCUACCCUCACGGUUUUGAGGUAAACUUUUUUCUUAUUCUUACGCAAAAUAAAAAUGUAAUUCCCAUAAAAUUAGGUUAAGAUGGGCUAAAGCUAAAUCCCCCCCGUCUCCGUCGUCCACCUUCGUUACUCAAAGCAGUGGGUCGUGGAAGCUUAAACUGUAAACACGCCGUAUAAGUCGACCUUAGUUGUUUCGCGCAUGACUUGCAUGCAAAUAUUCAUUAUCCCCAUGCAGUUAUAUAAAAUACUUCGAGGCGUCUCAGAAGCCAUAUUUAUUCAAUAAAAUUAAUAAAUGGGCCACAAAGUUGAACAGUUCGUGAAAGAUAUCGACGAAAAUCUCAUUUGCCCAAUAUGCAAAACUGUAUUCGAAGAUCCCGUGAUAUGCAAAGACGGGCACUCAUUCUGCAAAGAAUGUAUUGACCAGAGGUUGAAGGAGAGCAAAAAAUGUCCAGUGGAUGGUAGAAUGAUAGAUAACCAGACCUUUUCACGUAAUUUUGUCCUCUGUGGUAUCCUGGGGAAACUAGAUGUAUUUUGUCAAAGACCAGACGAAUCAAAAGAUGAAAAAGAUGUUCAACAAACUUGUGAAUGGAAUGGGAAACUACAUUCACUCGCCAAACACAGAGAAACUUGUCCUUUCCAACAAGUACAGUGUCCUAAUGUGAACUGCAACUCCAAGCUGCAGAGAAGAGAAUUGGCUAACCAUGAGAAAGUGUGCUGGUUUAAAAAGGUUUUAUGCGAGGAAUGUCAACUUGGUAUGGUUCUACACCAAGUCGAGAAACACAAAGCGGACGAUUGUCCAGAAACACUGAUUCUUUGCCCUAACGAAUGUACUGACACGCAAGGAAUGACUGUAAAGAUUAAGAGGAGCAAAUCUCAAAUACAUCUAACAAACAACUGUAAAAGAACAGCCAUCCAUUGUCCAUUCAAGGAUCAGGGAUGUUCAGACAAAGUUGAACGACAACAUGUCGAGAAACACGUACAAGACAACAUGGCACCACACAUGAUGUUACUGGCCAGACAAUGUUCAUUGCUCACUAAAGAAAACCAAGUUCUAUACGAUGAGCUAAAGAUAACGAAGCGAAAAAUAAAUGAUCUUGAAAUCGAAGUGAUAAACAAAAGUCGCUAUGUGUGGACAAUACUGGACUUUCCCACUCAAGUCGAAAAAUACACUGAAGGCAUUUGGAUAAGGAGUCCAACCUUCUGGUUGUGUGGCAACUGCUGGUUUCUGAAAUUGUACCCUAAUGGCCGUGACAAAAAGUCCAAAGAAUAUGUCUCAUUAUGCCUUGUUUUGAGUGACGAGGAUAUACUUGUACGAACUGGGAAACCUUUUGUUGUAGCAACAAACGAAGUGUCUGUGGCAUAUGCAAGAAUAACUGUGAAAAGCCAGUCUCAAGCAGCAUCCAUAACACAUGACGUAACAUUAAACCCAAGGUUUGAAUCUACUGGCGUAGUCAGCGAGGUUGCUAUGAUCAGCAAACUGAUGAAAACAAAUGAAGCACUUUCUCCAGAUUUUUGCAGCGUAACAGAUGGUUGUAUUACUGUUUCAUGCAUUCUCUCUUAAAGGUCAACUGGUUUAGAGGCGCGUAGUAAAAUAAUCUAAAUUCACUACUGCAAAAAAGUAGUAGUAAACAUUUAAACUUCAAAUAAAGCAAAAAGCUUUCUUUCGAUUUCACCCGUUAUAACAAUCUUUUUUUUUUUA